AGAUGUCGUUGAAACUAGUUUGAUUUGCGGCAGUAGUGGCGUCGGAGUCGGAACUGUGAAUGUCCCCAGCCUUGCCAAGCAGCCAAUGACGUCGUUGCAUCCGGAGCGGGCAGGAGCGCCCGUCCGAGCUCCAGGGCCAGGAUCCGCUCCUCAGAGCUCAUCUCGGUGCAACCUCACCCCCACCCAUCCUUCACGGGCAUCCUCAUAUCACGCCGGCUCGCAGAGGAGACGGUGUUGCCGGAGCAUUGAAUUGUUCUGUUUGACCUUGCGGUGUAGAAGUAGCACCAUCCGUACUCGCCAUGCUGAACGUAUUACCCACACCGGCUACUCUGAGCCAGGCUUUCGCGGGCUGCUCACCUUUCGCACAACGCGCUUCCGAACCCCAGUCGACACGCUUAUCCAAGUGGUCCGCCCGGCAUGAGCUCUAUCCAGUGUGGAGCGCUACCGACGAUGCGAAGAACAAAGCUAAUCAGCUGAGCGACGCUGCCGUCGCCGAAUUCGAGAAAGCCAGUUCUAAGGCGCAAGCCAAAGCCGGCAAGAUCGAACUGUACUCGCCGAAAUACUAUGCUGCUUGCACGUUCGGAGGUAUCAUGGCCUGCGGGCUUACCCAUACUGCGGUGACGCCGCUCGACCUGGUCAAAUGCCGUCGUCAGGUGGACUCGAAGAUGUAUAAGGGUAAUUUUGAGGCGUGGGGCAAGAUUGGUCGAGCUGAAGGCUUUCGCGGAGUCUUUACAGGCUGGGGCCCCACUUUCUGGGGAUACUCUGUGCAGGGCGGUCUGAAGUAUGGAGGCUAUGAGUUCUUCAAGAAGUUCUACGGAGACCUCGCUGGAGAAGAGAACUUCCACAAAUACAAGACACUGAUCUACCUAGCUGGAAGCGCCUCGGCCGAGUUCAUUGCUGAUCUCGGUCUCUGCCCGUUUGAGGCAGUAAAGGUGCGAAUGCAGACCACCAUUCCUCCAUUCGCAAAGACGACUCUAGGCGGAAUCAGUACUGUUACUGGCAAAGAGGGGUUCGGCGGACUGUACAAGGGUCUGUAUCCACUCUGGGGUCGCCAGAUUCCGUACACCAUGAUGAAGUUUGCUUCGUUUGAAACUGUUGUCGAAAUGAUCUAUAAUUACCUCCCCGGACAGAAGUCCGAAUACGGCAAGGGCGCCCAAACGGCGGUUUCCUUUACGGCUGGUUAUAUCGCCGGUAUCCUCUGUGCCAUCGUCAGUCAUCCAGCCGACGUGAUGGUCUCGAAACUCAAUGCCAACCGCCAACCCGGGGAGGCCUUCGGGGCCGCGACGGGCCGCAUCUACAAGGACAUUGGAUUCGCGGGUCUUUGGAACGGACUCCCAGUGCGAAUUGUGAUGAUUGGCACCCUGACUGGUCUUCAGUGGAUGAUCUAUGACUACUUCAAGAUUUUCAUGGGGCUGCCGACGACCGGCGGUGCGCCGCCGCCAGCGGAGCAGAAGGCGUAGGGAGGCGGCUUCCCUCGAGGCUAGACAGCAUGAACGAGUCUCGCGCCAUAAUGGCGUGUAUUUGAUGCUUGGCGUCGGGCAUGCUGCUUCUGUAUUCUAGACGUGCCCUAGGAGCUAUGAUCACGAUCCCUACUUGUAGAUCAGUCGUUUGAAGCUUGGCUUUUGUCUUCUGUAGCACGCGGAUACACAAACCUAGUUUACUGUUUCCUGACAUCACCUGCAUAGUUGAAGAUUUAGCUCGAGAUCUUCCCUGCAGUGACAGGUGCGCGCCCC